UCUAGUAGUGAUAGGUAGUCUUUAGAGAUACUCCAAUUUUAAGUAUAAAAAUGGCAUUCGAAUCAAUUGAAAUCAAAAAAGAAAUUACCCAAAAUGCUCAGCAAGUUUGUAGACUAUGUUUGGAGAGUAAUCAGCUUCAUGACAUAUUCUUUAAAAAGGAUAUUCAAAGAUGGAUCUAUAACUAUCUCUCAAUCACUGUUUCCGAAACUGAUACUCUCAGUAAAUUGAUUUGUACUGACUGUCGGACACGGCUGGAGGAUUUCCAUGGUUUCAAGCAACGCUGUCUGAAUGCCCAAGAGGUACUGGAAGGAAAAUCGUCCACAGAGAUCCAGCAUACCAAACUGAAGUGUGAAUUUUGCGGCAAGGUGUUCCCAGUUAAAAGCAAACUGAGUAAUCAUAUGAAAAUUCACAUGACGAGGAAAUACAAGUGCUCCAUUUGCGGCAAAGGAUUUCAACAACCUUCAGCUUUGUCAAGGCAUACCAUGAGACUCCAUCCUAAAACUAUUGUACAUGAGCCAGCUAAGCUAAAUGCUACUCGAUCGGCCGAUAAACCACAACCAGUACUACCCCAAUGUGAGGUUGUUCUCAAGCAAGAACCUCUUUCAUACGAACCGGACGUUGGACGUACUCCAACGAACGUCGAUCAGGAAGAAGGAGCUGAUUUACAAUUGGAGUGUGACUCAUGUGAUAAGAAGUUUAAACUGAAGAAAAAUCUACAGGAUCACCGGAGGAAUGUGCACGGGCCAAAACGUCACAAAUGUCCGGUUUGUGGCAAACUGUUUGCGUCAAAAGAACGCUUGGGCAGGCAUACUCACGUCCAUGCGGGGUUUACACCGAAUGAAACGGUAGCCAUCUUCUUGGAGCCUGGAGAAGCGGAGACAGCUGCAAAUUCGGACACGGAAAACAAAACAACGUCCAAGAUAAAAGAACCAUGUUCAGUUUGCAACCGGUUGAUCAGAGACAUUUUCAUGGAGGGUCAUUUGAACAGGCAUAAAGGUAUUCAUCCCUACAAGUGCGAAAUGGGCUGCUCGGAGCAGUUCCAUUGUAAGGUGCUGCGGAAAAGUCACUACCACGACAUCCACGGAUGGCGGUCUUUCGAGUGCAACAUUUGCCACCAGUUUUUCCAGAACGGCCGGAGCUGCAGGAUGCACAAAAUCAAAUCCCAUGGACAGGGCCAUAAGUGCACCGAGUGCGAGUCGAUAUUUGAGACAGGUGCUGGACUCAAGAGACACCUUACCAAGGCACAUCACAGCGAAGGAAACGCGGAUCAACGCGAAGCAAUGGAUGAGGAAUCGCAGAUGGACGAAGAACAACCGAUAAAGACGGAUGAUUUGUUUGAGGCAGGGGACAUCAAAGUUGAGUGUCAGUCGGACGAGGAUGAAGAAAUGUCAUGAAAACUAUUGUAUUUAUAUUCAUAGAUUACUCUAAAAAUAAACGCGUUUCGAUUGGGUAAAUAUUGGUAGUAAAGCACAAAGUACAAUUCAAAUAAAUAUGAUAACCACAUCUUCCACAGUUCCGCGAUAUGUGCAGGGAUAAUGACAGGAGCUUCUGAACGAACGAAUGUGAGGUAAUUGAAAGGUGGAAGCAGUAUUUCGAUGAGCACCUGGACGGCACAGAGAACGUGGACAAGUGGGUCCAAUGCAUGGAACAAUGAGCUUACAUUUUUUUAAACCUUUUACUGACAACAUAGGUAAAAUAUGCAGACAUU